AUGGACAGCGCCAUUCAAUCGGCCAAGUCCUUCGCCGAGCUAGCAAGGCAGACGCUGCUGGAUCUUGACGACCCCAAGGGACGAGCGACGGUCGCACGCGCGACCGCGGUGAAGACAGUGACCGAGCACGUGACGGCGGAGGUGGGCGAGGCGAGGAAGGGGUUGGAGGAGUCGUUCAUCAAAUACAUCGGCGCCGCGCAGACCAACAUUGCCGCCGCCGUCGCGCCCCGCCUAGUCCAGCCGCCGCCGCCUACCGGCCCAGCGCAGGCCUUGCCGGAAGAUUUCCUCAAGUCUUUCAAGAAGGACGUGCUGAAGGCGGUGACGGAGACCACGCAGCAGUCCUUCCUCGCCUCCGGACUGAAGAUAAUGGCCGAGGUCGUCGGCACGGUGGCGUAUGCUCGGCGUGGGUCGUCGCCGUCGGCAAACGACGCCGGCCAAGCGCAACCUACGGAGGGCUUGAAGCUGGGUCACAAGAGGCGGGGAGGCGGCGGGGGGGGCGACGGGGACAAUUCGGCGAACAUGAAGCGGAGCAAGGGAGGCGGGGGGUCUGGCGGCGGGGGGGGGGACGGAGACGAUUCGGCGGGCGCGAGGCAGACCAAGGGAGCGGCUGGUUCUCGCGUCGCCGGCGAUGGGAGCAUGGGAGCCGGCGACGGCAGUUCGUUGAAGCAGUCGGGGAAGAGCGUGGUCGACAUCCUCAGGAAGCACUGGGCUCAGGUUGGAGCGGCCAGCACGGGCCAUGGUGGUGGGGGUCCCGCCGACGAGCAUGCCACUGAUGACGCACUGCCAAUGGCUCCGCCUUCGGUCGGCGUUAAGCCACCACGACAGGGUAGCGGUGUGAAAGGCCUGCGCGACAAGGAGAAGGCCGCCGCCAAAACGGCCCCAGGCGGGUCCGCGAAAGCUGGCCAGGGCCCGAAGACAGGGGUUGCGGAGGCGUCAGCGGUUCCUCACCAGUCUCCCGCGGGUGCACGCCAUCCAACCGGACCGUCUGCCGGGCGACCUACCGACGUCCCGCGCCAUGCCGACGUACCGUCUGCCGACAAGGUUGGCCGCGCGGGAAAAGGGGCGGCAGUUGCGGACGCGCUCAAGGAGCAGCUCAGGCUCCUAGCCGGCCACAGGGCUGUUCAACAGGCCCCCCCUGCUGUCAACGUCCCAUCGGCCAGUGGGCCACGUGUAGUGCCGGUCGUCGCCGCCCGUACUCCUGCAGACCCAAAGUCCGCGUUGUUGCGCGCCCAGCUGGGCGCACUAGCGUCGACUGAGAGGACUCAGCAGGCUUCUGGCUCUGGCUCUAAGCCGUCGUCGGCGAAUGUCGCACCACCCACCCAUGUGGCAGCUGAUGUGGAGAAGGCGGCGGAGAAGGGCGUUCGUGCCGCGCUUGCCACCGGCGGCGGCGCCGUUGAGGAGGUCCCCGCAGACGCUGAUAUCGCUGCCAUACAGGCCCAUCUGGAUGCAGCCAAUCCCCGAACCCUGGCCAUCUCCGACACGGAACAUGUGGAGCCUUCGGCGGGACUCGUCGGCAUCGCGGCAGAGCCUAGUGCGACCGGUGAUGCGGUCGGUGAGGGAAAGUCGAAACGGAAGGGGAAGGCGGGCUCACAGAGGAAGACGCGGGAGAAGUCGGAGGUGAAGGCGGCGGAUAAACAGAAGGGGAUGGCGGCGGAGACGGCGGCGGACAAAGAUCGAGGCGGCAUUGGGGAGGUUGAAGGGAAAGGGGAGAAUCAGGAGAAGUCGCCCGGCGAGGGUACGUCGACGGGGAGGAAGGGGAAGGACAAGUCGGUCGGAGAAGGUGCGUCGACCGGGAGAAAGGGGAAGGAGAAGGCGGUCGGCGAGGGUUCCUCGAAGGGGAGAAAGGGAAAGAGGAAGGCGGAGGAGGAGGAUGAGGAUGUCGAGGAGGUGGAGGAGGUCGAGCAGGAGGAAGAGGAGGAGGAGGAGGAGGAGGAGGAGGAGGAGGAGGAGGAGGAGGAGGAGGAGGAGGAGGAGGAGGGGAAGGGCAAGGAGAGGAGGGGUCAUGGCAUCCGACACGAUACCUCGGGCGACAAGCAAGGGUGGGUCGGCGAGAUUAAGGUGCACGGCAUCAAUCGAUACAUCGGCAAGUCGCGGGACAAGAUGGAGCUCGCGUACGUUCACUCCAUCGCGUACGUCGUCUACGACGGUUUCGUGAGCAAGGUGCUCAUGACCGAGCUCACCGGCUUGGACAGCGCCGAAUUGGAGAGGUGGAAGGAGGUGUGGGAGGAGGUCAGGAUCUUGCCGACAGGGAUGUGGACGGUGAUGUGGGCCCGGGGUACGCUCCUUCCAAAGACACGGCUGACAGAGAUACUCGACGCGUAUCGCCAUUACAAGUCCACUGGCGAUUGUCUCCACGCCGCGCUCCUGCCAGCGAUAUGGUACCCAGUCGAUGCUAGCACCGAGGAAGGCCGGGAGAAGUCGGCGUUCAUGAUGUCGGCGAUGAUAGGUCGCGUGUCAAUGUGCGCUGCAUAUGGGAAGACCGCUGCGGCAGCGGCGAAGAAGGAGGGAGACAAGGAGGAGAAGACGGAUAUGGCGGCAUGGGCGUUAGCAGCAUCCGCAUGCGCUGUGUGGUGCUUCGUCGAGAACGGCGAUGCCCAGCUGGCGGAUGCUGUGGAAGAAGGGAAGUCGGCGGCGAUCAUCGGCGGAGCGAGCCAGGCGACCGCCGAUGUAUUCGGAAAAGUCAUGGAGGCGGUGCUGAAAGCCGAUAUGAACAGGGACCGCCCCCUGGGAGAGGUUGCCUACAACGUCGCGCCAGCACUCCAGAGGACCGCCCUUGAUACGGUCUAUCCGGGGGGGAAUGCUGGAGUAGAUGCCGACGUUAUCGCUAGAGCGACGGUUGAGACGAUGGCGUUUUGGGGAAUGUGCCCCGUCGCCGGGCCGAAACUAAGAGCGAGGGACAUCGCGGUGCCAAUUGACGCGCAGAUGAAGGCCGAUCUUGACAACAGGGGGAGGAAGGGUCUGAGGGGCAAGAAGGGGACGAAGACCAAGGGCGGCACGGAGAAGGGCAAGAUGUCGAAGAAGGACAGCACGACGGCCUGCUAA